CUCUUUACUGUGUCAUAACUCAAAACCCUAUCAAUCAUAAUCAGACUAUAUAUAUAGGCUUAUAAACCCUUCUCUCCGCGUCCUCUCGUAUGAAUAUCAGUUGACAACUUUCUUUCUUUCUUUCUAUUACUCUCUGAAAACAAACAAUGGCUCGCAAGCGGCCUAUCGAAGACCCUCCUUCCGCCUCUUCCUCUGAAGAUGAAGAAGAGGAUGAAUCCUCUCAAGGAAACAGCUCCGCUGAAGGGGAUGACGAACCCCAAAAUGAUGCCAUUGAAGAAGACGAAGAAGAAGAAGAAGAAGAACAAGACGAAGAGGCGGGAGACCAGGAGAAAACCCCUUUGAAAACACAAAAGUCAGAUUCUGACAAUGUCGGCUCAGACUCCGAGUCUGACUCAGACAAGUCUCUCCCGUCCCCUAACGCCUCCGAUUUCACCAUUAAGCCCAUUGUCAGCAAGCCCAAUAAAUCCGCCCCGAAGUCUAAUCCCAAGCCAAAGCCAAUUGCCCUCGAAUCAAGCUCAAAGCAGAGGAGGACAGCGGCAUCCGCAUCCAACGGCGGUGGUGGUGGUGGUAGUGUGAAGACGCCUGGGACCGCACGGCUGUGGAGCGAAGCCGACGAGAUCGCGAUCUUGAAAGGCAUGAUCGAGUACAAGUCAAAGAAAGGAUCCGACCCGUAUGCAGAUUCCAGCGGGUUCCAUGAUUUCAUCAAGCAAUCGAUCCAAGCCGACGUGUCUAAGUAUCAGUUGUCGGAGAAAAUCAGGAGACUCAAGAAGAAGUACAAAACCAAUAGUGAGAAGUGUCAGAAUGGGAAUGAUCCUGUUUUCUCAAAGCCCCAUGACCACAAAUCUUUCGAGCUGUCGAAAAAGAUUUGGGGUAAUGAAACUAAUGAGAAGAGUAACAAGAGGCAAAAGACAAUGAAGACUUUGACUAGCAAAGAUGAAGGCGAGAGUGAAUUUAACGGUGCGAUAACUUUGGGAUUGCCCUGUUUUGUAAAAGAUAAGGAAGUCAAUGCUGAUGUUUCUACUCAUGUUAGCUCGGGUAGUGAAGAAGAGAAGGUGGAUUUUUGGAAGGAUUAUCCGUGCUUGAAGGAGUCUUUUGAGACAGGAAAAUGGGGGCUUGCGGGGGGUUUUUUGAUGGAGUUAUUGGAGAAGAAUGAUGGGGAGAUUGGAAGAGAGAAGUUGAGGGAAAUGGAGAGGGUGUGGAGGGAGCUGAAGACUAAGCAAUUGGAGUUGUAUUUAAAGAGGCUUGAGUUGGUUCAGGAGAUGGCUCAAGCGGCUUUGGAUGUUGUCAAGGGGUCCGAAAUUUAGGUACAGUUUUUUGCUUUAAGAUGUUGACUUGUGGGAAUUUUUGUGGUGACAAAUGGUUUUAUGUUUUUGCUCAGUCUGGAUUUUAAAUGUUUCUGUUUUGGGCUGAGCAUUGGUCUCCUGAUUCUUCAUCCUACUAUGUUAUGAAUUUUAAUGUAAUAGUGGUAUAUCUUGAUCCCAUUUGUCUUAAUCUAAAUAGUCCUUUGUGAUGGAUGGUAAUUUACUUGUAAUUGCUUCUUCAUAAAAACUUGGUUCAAGUUUUUAUAGCUGUCUUUAGGAAAUGGUUCACUAGUUAUAAUCCGAUGAUUCUCUAUUCUGAAAGCUGGGAGGUUUAGUUCAGUAGAAUAGAUGUCAACUGACUUCUAUUCGUUUUGGUUUAACUAUAAAAAUUACUUUUGAAAAAGUGUGUAGAUUCAUAAUUUCAUUCCAAAUAGCUGGUUUCAGAGGACUUUGCAGUAGUGAUCUAAUAAAAAUAAUUAAUCUUUUGUUGAGAUUGAGUUAUGGUUUUUAAACUAGAUUUGUUAGAAAUCGUUAUAUCUUCUACUUUCUUGAUAAGAAUGGCAACAAGAAACAUGCAAAAGUUCCAGUUUUAUUAGCAAAUAUUUGGGGUAAGAUCAUUGUAUAGACAGGAAUUGAAUGUUAGUUAUUUUCUGAAAGCACAUGCUUAAGAAAAGAAAAUCAAAUGAACACAGAGAA